AGUGUUUCUCUGCAGACCACCUUAAUUCAGAUCAGUCUGUUAGGGGAGACGAAAACUGCUGCAGCACAUGGACUAACAGCUGGUGACCCACAGCAUCAUUGCUAUCGGUUUUAUGCAGACUACAAAGAUCCUCCAUCCUCUUUGAGUUCCAGGACACUUUACUGACACCAGCAACAAUGAGUAUGCAUCUUGAGCUGAAAAAUGUUAGUCUGAGAACUGGAGAUCAGAUCAAAGUAAAGGGAGAAGUCCUGCGUGAUGCUGAGAGAUUCCAGAUCGACCUCGGCUAUGACACUGACGACCUGGCGUUGCACUUCAACCCUCGUUUCCAUGACGACGCUGAUGGAGCUGUUCUUGUGUGUAACUCGAAGAGCGCCGGAUCCUGGGGUGAAGAGAUCCGAGACGUUCACAACCCUCUGCACAAAGGCGCCGAGGUCAAGAUCGUGUUGAAAUUGGCUGGAGACACGUUUGAGGUGGAGCUUCCUGACGGACAGGAGCUCCAGUUUCCAAACCGCGCAGGCGUGGACAUGAUCAGUUACGUCAGAAUCACCGGAGACUUCAAGCUGUCGAGCUUCAAGAUCUGCUGAAAGACAAAAAUCUCUCUGAAGGAUUCACUUAUUAUGAGAAAUCUUCACCAGUAGUAUGUGCAAACCUUCAGUAUGGAAAUGUCCCUUUAUUUAACAAUGACCUGUUGUCUUUAAAAGUAUUAAAUGUUCAAAUCAAAAUGACCUUGUGUUUUGUUUGGAGGAUUAAGUGCAAAUAUUUAACAUUCACACUCAGGAUACAACCAGCCAUUUGGUUCAUCAUUAACCAAACGUUGCCGAAGGGUGUCUUAAUUGCACAAACACAUCAACAAUGCAUCUAUCCAGGUGAAUGAACACUAAUUUGGACAGAACAACUUAUACAUCAUGUUAAAUACUAGCCAAGUUUACCUGUUGGAUGCCGCAGCAUAACAAACAGAAGUCUUUCACACCCACCUCUGGCAGAGUGCCGGGCAGCUGCACUCUGAUCAUGUUUCUUGAGAGGGCGUGGCUUCAGCGCAAUUAACUGAAACGCCCACACCACCCUAGAGCAGACUUUACUGCCACAUUUUCCCAGAUUUUGAAUCCUAAUUUUAUAAACUUAGAGAUGUUUUUCAUAACUGAAAUUUUGCCUGGUUGUUCAGAACACACUGCCCUGUUCUACAACAAGCCUAAAAAAAUGAUUUUUUUAAAUCACUUUACAGGAACUUUAAAUUAGAUCCAGGAAUUUUGAGUUUCUUUUGUUCAGACAUAAGGUGAAAAUAACGAUGUUAGUUUUUUACCUUGACAGUUUCGGCGAGCAGCUCUCGCCUUCUUCAGAAGCGUCUCACUGACGGCGUGUGACGUGUCAGCUGGCAGAUUUUGACAGCCAGCAAACACGGCACGCCCUGCAGUGCUGGUGGGCCAGUCACGCCCACGCCGUAAUGGCAUGUCGUGGCAGGCCCAAACGAAACCAACGGUGCAGAUCCGGCAGCGCCACUGGGUGUGCCGUGUUAGCAAAGAAAACAUCCCUUUAAUGCCCACAUAAAGGCAUGAGACUGCAGGGCAGUGUGCAAACACAGAAGGCAGUUACAGUUAAGGUGAGAGGAAGUAAGAUGUCAGUUUUGUUCAAAUAAAAAAAACAUAAAAACAAUCACAAAACUUCAAAAUACUUUGAUACCUCUAAGUGGAUGUAGUGUAGCUCCAAAGACACCAAAAAGAUGACUUAAUUCUAUUUUGAGCACCUGUUGUGGAGAUUAAAUAUGCUACAAAUACAUUAAGUGGAUAAAACACCUAGUUCAAAUAGUUUUCAUCAAAAAUGUAAUGAAUAAUGAU